CCGGUCACAUUGGAGGUCGUCAGUUAGACCUCAUUGCUGCCAGGGAUGCUGCGGUCACUGGUACUCAAAGGGUGUAUGGUCACUAUCCAGAGCAGAGCAGUUUCCAUGAUGCCCACUGGCGUUCCACCAGAGCAAUGCAGCCUCCAGGACGUCCACCGGUACUCCGCAUGUGUCCCCAGGCGAAGCUAUCCAGUUCGCUCUCCUCAUUCAAGUCAGGACGUCGUCUCGUACAACCCAGGGGCGACGGAUUAAGAUGCUUUCGUGUCAUCGAACCCAUUACGUCAUCGUGAAGCCGCCUACGUACUCAACGAUGUCCAUCGGGGCCGCCAGCGCAACCUUUCGGGUACCCGCCAGGCUAGAGUGCGAGUCACGGGACGAUGAUGACCUCGUAGGUCAUGGCUGCUCACCGGGACGGAGUCGCAGCUGGGGGGAGGUGGUUGUAGUGGCGCGCCAUUCUCGCCCUUAUUCCCACACCUCAUUUUCCUCCCUUGUUUGGCGCCGACACUCGCACCCGCACGGAUCUUCAUCUGAUCACGUUAGAACGAUGCGUAUUGCUGCCGUGGACCCCAUGGAGAUCUUAUACACUGUGGCUUCGGUACGGAGAAACGCUCAUUACUGCAACCUGCCUGCAAUCCACCCCGAGCGUGGAUCAGCGACGAGUCAGCUACUAGCUGGCCUAGCUUGUUUGCCAAUCCACCUGUCGUCGCGGUGGUUCGCACCAGCUGGGGUUGGCGUUCGAGGUCGCAGGAGGGAGGAAGGCAGACGGCGGAGGCCAGACAGCAGGCGGCGACGACCGGAGCUUCUCCAGACGGUUCCGCACAGCCUUUAUCGCCUGGCACAUUUUUUUGGUGAAGCUGUCUCCACCGUCCUCACCAACACCGUACCAUUGCCACAGGUUACGUAUAUAGUGUACUUCUCCGCCCCUGAUUGUGCUACCUGUGAUGUUUCCCGGACAAUAAUCUGUAUGCCCCAGUGUCUGUGAUGUGCCGCCGCGUAGUGAGCGCUGCUGAUAUUACUUUAUUUUGUUUUUUUUAUAUUUUAAUGUUAAGUUUCUUGUUUUCGUGUUCCGCAUUUUGUUUUUAGUAUUACAAUUUUAAAUAGGCUCAUGAGUAUUCAUUCCCCUACGCGUAUUCCCUUACUCUGCUGUAUAAUAUGGGCAAAUGUAUGAGAUUUCAAAAGUUAAGAAUUGAAGGUGGUAAGAAUGCCUAAGGUACAAGAAUGGUACAUAUCACACACAAGUCUGUUCUUAUAAGUAAUUGCCUAUCAUACUGCUUGCCGUGUUGUGGCUGAUCCGUGAUGCCUAGUCGCACGUGCCACGAGCUACCAACGUUGAACUAGAACAGUUGUAGCCAUUC